AUGGUACCAAAUUCGACAGCUCCUACCAUACCAAAUCUAUUCACUACUCUUUCAUAUCAUAUCGCAAAUUCUCGUUACAGAAGGCAGUUACUGUAUGGCUAUGGUUAUGAUGGAUAUUAUGGAUACGGAUAUCAGUGGAUUCGCAUAAUUUUUGGCAUUUUAAUAGUAAUAGCAAUGUUCAUGUGCUGUCUAAUUCCUUGCAUUUGUGUAAUUGGGAUCUGGUUUGCUGGUUGGUUUGGUUUACGUAAACAGUCACGUAAUAAAACCACCACAAACUCACCAAUUAGUACUAAUUCUUAUGCUCAACAGCAACCAAUUGUUCAACCAACGAUGACUGCCACAUCAAAACGAAAAAUUGAAGAUCUCCCAAUAGAAUCAAGAAGUCCACGAGAGCGGUCAGAUACAUAUGUUUACGAAGAAAAACGAAGAGAUCACUAUUACCACCAACCACCACCAUCACGUCCAUAUGAUGAAUACCGACGAUAUUACACAUCUUCGAGGAUGUAA